AUGACCGUUGCCUGUGAGAUUUGUGAUGAGCCAGUUAUGGACCAGAUUGGUUAUUUCCUGCAUUUGCAAACGAAACAUGAUCUCUUUCCAGGCAGGAAACGAAGUUUCUUUGUGGUUUAUGCCGAAGCAAAUUUUGGUCUGGUCCAGGUUUGGAACGACAUCAUCUUAUGGAUCAUGGUUAUGCCACCGGUCGUUUAUUAA